GGAGUGGGGCGAAAGCGGACCUGUAAUUGAUUACUUGACGCGCUCCGCUUCGGGCACCACAGCCACCUGCCUCAGACGACUCUGGCUGACCCUCCUCCCCUCCCCAUAGACCUAGAGCAUUCAGGUCUUUCGCCUGCAGGAAAAAUACGCCUCUCUCUAUGGCCGCCGUCACCGAAACCACCACCGAACUGCGCCAUCGCCGCACCCCCGCCCGUCGAUUCUCAACAAACCAGGAGGCUGGAUCCUACAUCACUCGUUCUCUCUGCCAGUCCUUGUCCCCCUCUCUAGAGGCCCUCGACCUCCCAAACACCUCUCUCGCCUCGCUACGCCACCAUGUCCUCUCCUACCUCGCCGAGCUCGAAGCACGCCUGUCCCAAUUCGAGUCCCCCGUGUCCCCGGAGUCGCUCAAAACGAAGGGAGAGAUGACAGUCGAUGAUGCGCGCGCAUGGGCCCGAGAUGGGCUGGAGCUGCUCCGGGCGAUCCGCAACGACGUCUACUCGCACCUCCCCGACAUCACCUUCGACAACGUCCGGACCCGCAUGCCUGACGUACCCGGGUUCGACGAAAUGCGCGCGCGCAUCCCCGACAUGCCCGACGUCCGCUCGCGCCUUCCGGACCUCGACUUCGCCGACAUGCGCGCCCGCCUCGACGACGUCCGUGCCCGCGUCUCUGACAUCGACUUCAACCGCCCGUUCGACUAUGUGACCACGCUCUCCGACCGUCUGCAGUCACUGCAGACCCAUCUCUCCUCCAUAGAGUUCCCGCACCGCCUAGAUCUAUCCUUGCUAUCGCCCACGAGCGCCCUGUCUGAUAUGUAUGACAAGGUCGCAUCCUCGGACUUCGUUGCGGAGCUAUCAUCCGACAUACGGGAGGGAGAGCGGAUAGCCUACGAAGUUGCGCUCGCAAUGAAGCAGUCACUUAAUGGAUCACGACUUAUACAGUACGCCGACUUACCUCACCAAUGGCGCAACAAUCCGUUUGUAAAGCAUGGCUACCGCUUUAUCCCUCUAUCAGAGUGGCCUCGGCUCCUCCUGUCCCUCUUCGCAUUGCACAAUGAGACCCUGAAUAUCCACACGCAUUUGAUACCCUUUGUAGCAUGGCUUGUCGCGCUCUUCCCCUUCACCCCCUUGUCCUCCACCGCGUCCGAACCCGACACGCCGAUGCUCGCAUUCACCGCCUUCGCUCUACUAUGCCUCUUCACGAGCGCUCUCUGGCACACUAUGGCGGGCUGUGCGAACCCGAAGGGGAUGGAGCUCUGCGCGCGGAUCGACUACGUCGGCAUUGGCUGGUUAAUCAGCGCGUCCGUCGGCACGGUCGUGCACUACGGAUUUCAAUGCAACGCCGUGAUUCGCAACGGCUUCCUCUCCUUGUGCCUCCUCAUGGGCGUCUCGGGGAGCAUCCUGCCGUUCAUGGAAUGGUUCAACGAGUACAAGAAUAGGAACUACCGCAUCGCGUUCUUCCUUGUCCUAGCGUUCACGAGUGUCGCGCCCCUCGCGACCCUCGCCUACCUCCACUCUUCCCCGGAGAUGCUCGCCUUCAUCCGCCCGGUGAUGCCGUCCAUCCUCUCGUACGUCGCGGGGCUCGUCUUCUACGCGACGCACUUCCCCGAGUGCUACCUCGCCUCGCGCUGGGCGCACUCGCACGUGCUCGACCGCGUCGGCGGCGGCUCGCACGCGAUCUGGCACGUCUUCAUCGUGCUCGCGAUCAGCCAGCACAAGGCCGCCAUGACCGACCUCAAGGGCGGCAUCGGCGGGGUGUGCUCGUGAGGCGUGCUUGGAUGUUUCUUCUUGGUUGCUUGAUUUCUUGGCUGUAGAUAGUAGGGCGUUGGUGCGCCGGGGCGUGUUGGAUAGUUGCUAGUUGCUAUAAUUAUUGAGAGUCGUUCGCUAUCGUAUUGCAUUAUAUUUCGGGACUCGCUCAGGAACCUAAGCGUGAAGCUGCAGCAGUGUACCUGUACGGAGAUGACGAAGUUGAAGUCCGCAGGCUCAACCGGAUAGCACACUUCCUACGUUACAGUUGUCAGUGCGU